GGUUACAAAACGCCUCUGGAUGCAUUCGAACGCGGGCCCCGCGAGAAACUUCUGUACGUGACUUGUCCAACUGGAGAUGGUAGAAGGCCUGACUAUUUGGCAACUGUUGAUGUUGAUCCACAGUCUUGCACGUAUUCGCAGGUCAUUGACAGAUUGUACAUGCCCCAUACUAAUGACGAGCUGCAUCACUCGGGAUGGAACGCUUGCUCGAGUUGCUUCGGAGAUUCAACGAAAUGUCGCAAGUACUUGGUACUACCCUGUUUAUACUCGUCUCGUGUUUACGCAAUUGACGUACACACAGAUCCAAAGCAUCCGAAAAUCCACAAGGUCGUAUCUGUUGACGAUGUGAAAAAAACUGGCCUGUCAACCCUGCACACCACUCAUUGCCUGCCGUCUGGCGAGGUCAUGAUCAGUACUUUGGGAGAUCUGAAUGACAAUAAUCUUGGGAAUUUCUUGAUGAUUGACGUUCAUGAAUGGAAGGUCAAGGGCACGUGGGUUGAUCUGAAGGACGGAGCCAAAUUCGGAUACGAUUAUUGGUACCAACCUCGUCAUGACGUCAUGAUCAGUACGGAAUGGGGCGUUCCUAAAAAUAUUUUCGCCGGGUUUUCCCCAGAUGACGUUGCCGCAGGUUUCAGUUUCGAGUUUGCAAUUCAUAAUUUGCAAAUAUGGGCGGAGUGUGAACGUGUUGGAACGAUGACCUUGGUGAUUGAAGGCCAGAUACCCUUCGAGGUCAGAUUUCUUCACAACCCCGAUGCCACUGAUGCUUAUGUCGGCUGUGCUCUCUCUUCGACCGUUUUCAGAAUCUUCAAGACGAGCACAGGUGACUGGUUGGCUGAAAAGGUUAUAGCAGUGCCCAGUAAGAAAGUGAGUAACUGGAUUUUACAAACUAUGCCAGGCCUCAUAACAGACAUACUGAUAUCCUUGGACGAUAAGUACCUAUACGUUAGCAGCUGGUUGCAUGGCGAUGUGAGGCAGUACAAUAUAACUGUCAGAAAUAAACCAGUGCUUAUCGGGCAGGUCUUUCUUGGUGGCUCCAUAAGUAAAGGCGGACCUGUGACAGUUACCGAUGAUUCUGAACUCAAAGAGCAGCCGGAACCGUUGAUUUUGAGAGGGAAGAAAGUGGAAGGUGGAAGCCAAAUGUUGCAACUGAGUCUUGAUGGUCGGCGCUUGUAUGCAACUACUUCCCUGUAUAGCAGAUGGGAUAAACAAUUUUAUCCGGAUCUACUCAAGAACGGGGCCUCUCUCAUACAAAUUGACGUAGACAUCGUAAAAGGGGGACUCAAAGUUAACCAAAAUUUCGGGAUCGACUUCGGGGCAGAACCAGGCGGGCCAGUGUUGGCUCACGAAAUGAGAUACCCCGGCGGAGAUUGUUCCUCUGAUAUUUGGAUUUAA